GGAGAGGGAGAGAGAGAGAGAGAGAUGGGAGAGAGAUCAUAGGGAGGGAGAGAGAGAGAGAGAUAGGGAGGGAGAGAGAGAGAUGGGAGAGAGAUAGGGAGGGAGAGAGAGGAGGGGGAAGCUUACCUGCUUAUACACAUCAUGUAAUCACUCUCCUUUGGUCCUUCCCGUCAAACAAACCAGUCCAAAUGAAUCCAACAAACAAAUAUCACAAAGGCAAAAAGAGUAACCAAGCAAUGCUUCUUAGGUUUCCUACUUAGGACUUGUGGCCUUGUCUUUCUCUAUAAAUAUGCUACCUUUCUCCCCUCUAAUAUACCCUCAUUCUCCCUCAACCAAUAUUUAUAGAAAACCACAACAACCUUAAAUUUCCCACUACAUUGUUCCAAAACUCCUACCAAAUAUUGUCAUCAACAAAAAGCCAUCUUUCUUCACCACAAAUGGAAGCCUUUAACCCCCACAUUAACAUGCCUUGCAUUCCUUAUGCAUUCACCACAAUCAGCACUGCAAGCUGUGCCUUCCCCGGUUCCAUCACAGCCACACCAACUCCCUGGAUGGACACCAGGAUCUGGAGCAGACUCCCUCACCGCCUCAUCGACCGAAUCAUCGCCUUCCUCCCCCCUGCAGCCUUCUUUCGAUCCCGCUCCGUCUGCAAAAGAUGGUAUGCCCUCAUAUUCUCCACACACUUCCUCCAGCUCUACCUCCAAGUCUCCCCUGUCAGACACUGCUUCAUUUUCUUCAAACUCAAAAGCCUCAAAUCACACAUCUACAAAAACACCAAUCCCCCCUACAACAUUGACCAAAACAGACUAAACUGCGAAGGCUACUUGUUCGAUCCCGAAACCAUAACUUGGCAUUGCCUUUCCUUUCCCCUAAUCCCACCCGGAUACUCACCAUCCUCAUCCUCCGGAGGCCUAAUCUGUUGGGUAUCCGACGAAGCCGGCCCAAAAACCAUUUUCCUCACCAACCCUCUCAUUGGCUCCCUAACUCCAUUGCCCUCAACAAUAAGGCCAAGACUCUUCCCUUCAGUAGGCCUAACCAUCUCCACUUCUUCCAUCGACAUUGUCCUAGCUGGCGACGACAUGAUAUCGCCUUACGCAGUCAAGAACCUCACCACCGAGAGCUUCCACAUUGACAGCUCAGGGCUCUACUCCCUCUGGGGCACCACCUCAUCUCUCCCAAGACUCUGUAGUCUCGAAUCAGGCCAGAUGAUCAAUCUCGGCCCAAAAUUCUACUGCAUGAACUACAGCCCAUUCAGCGUUUUAGCCUACGACAUUUCAUCAAACACCUGGUGCAACAUCCAAGCUCCCAUGAGAAGGUUUCUCCGAUCACCAAACUUAGUUGUGAUCAACAACAAGCUUGUCUUAGUUGCUGCAGUGGAGAAAAGCAAGCUCAACGUGCCGAAAAGCCUGCGGCUCUGGGCCCUACAGAGCUGCGGCGGCGCGUGGGCGGAGAUUGACAGAAUGCCGCUACAACUAUACGCGCAGUUCGAGGCGGAGGAGGGUGGCAGAGGGUUUAACUGCGUCGGAAACGGUGAGUAUGUUGCGGUGGUGAUCAGAGGCUCCGGCAAGGCGGUGCUGUUCGACAUGGGGAUGAAGAGGUGGCAGUGGAUUCCGGCGUGUCCGUACGAAAAUGGCGGCGGAGAGUUGCAUGGCUUUGCUUAUGAUCCUAAGUUAGCUACGCCUGUGACUGGGCUUCUUGAUCAGUUAACAGGGCCAUUUUAGUCAUUAAUGUUUAGCUAAUGCAUGCACAAGUAUGAUUAAUUAUGAUGUUAAUGAUCAAUAUUACUGCAACUUUGCUUAAAUUAGUUAUGAUUAAUAUUGUUAUUUUUCGUGAAAAAUAUAUGUAAUAUUGGAUUUUAGUAUUAUU